UGUAGCUUCAAUUUGAUGACAGCCAUGUCGCCCCAAUGUCUAUUUGUGUGCUUUUUGCUCCUGUUUAUCUUGCGAGAAGGUUUGUGUGCUCGAAACCCGGGCUUUAAGGCAAGGAUAACACAGAAAGGAUUUAACAUAGCUAUCAAUUCUGCCAUUGAAGCCCUGAAAGAAAAUGUACAGAAACUUAAAAUACCCGACCAAUCAGGCAAAGCAUCUGGCUUCCAUUACUCCAUUUACAAUAUUAAUGUAGUACAGUUUACAGCCCCAGCCAGUACAUUGAAUACUAUCCCAGGUGUUGGUCUGUCCUGGAGAGCAUCGGGUGCAGGAAUAAAAGUUCAUGGAGACUUUCAUUAUAAGAAAUGGUUUAUUAAAGCUGGUGGCAGUUUUGAUGCUGAUGUAUCGGGACUAUCAUUCAGUCUAGGACUGAACAUUGGUGAAGACACAAAUGGAAGACCGACUAUUUCAUCAACUGGUUGUUCCAGCAACAUAGAUCAUGUUAACUUCCACUUUAAAGGAGGCAUGGCCUGGUUAUACAAUCUUUUUAGAGGCAAAGUUGGAAGACUCAUUAAAGACACCCUCAAUAAACAGAUGUGUACAUUGAUUAACAAAGAAAUCAACGAGGAUGCAAAAAAUAAACUUGCUCAGUUGAAAGUAACAACACGUCUUGGAAAGAAAUUUCUUCUAGACUACCGGCUUAUAAAGAAACCGGAAUUUCAGCCUCAGUAUAUGGAUACAUUUCAUAAGGGAGAACUGUUCUGGUUGACUGAUCCUGGUACAGAAAGCCCCAUGAACCCGCCCCCUAUGCCUAAUGACACAGAUACAAGUAGUAUGUUAUAUUUGUGGAUGUCAGAUUAUAUGUUUGAUACAAUAGGCUAUACUGCACAGAAACAUGGCUUCCUGGUAUAUAACCUUACACAGAAAGAUCUACCACCUGGCAAUAAGGGUGCUCUCAAUACAACCUGUAGUGGUAUUCAGUGUAUUGGCGUCCUAAUUCCUCAGAUAGGGAAGCACUUCCCAAACAUGAAUGUUGAACUACAUAUGAACAGCACACGGGCACCUAAAAUGGAAGUUGCCAGUGGUGGUGUUACUCUUAGUUUUGCAGGAAAGAUAGAUAUGUAUGCAACAAAGCCUGGAUCUACAGCUGCACCAUUUCUACUGACACUACAUGCUACAAUGUCUACAACAGUUGAUGUUUAUAUACAGAAGGAGCUGCUGUUUGCAAAAAUCAAAGAUCUAGAAUUAAAACUUAAGGUUGAGAAAUCUGCCGUCGGUGAAGUCAGUGAUGUUGUUCUCAACUUUUUGAUCAAGCAAGUGUUGAAAUCUUACCUUAUACCACAGCUGAAUGAUCUUGGUAAGAGAGGGUUUCCACUGCCAGUAACUGGUGAUAUCAAAUUCCAAAAUACUAAGAUUACUUUUGCAAAGGACACAGUAUUGAUCAGCACAGAUUUGAAAUACAGCCCUUCAACAGAGUACGAGAUAGAUGAUCAUGACAUGUCUGGUCCACUGAAGUUCAAGCCAUUUAUCAGGCAUUAAACAUGUUUAUUGUUUAUAUGUUUGAACACAUGUUUGAGAAACACAUCAUUUAUACAGUUAAACUCUUGAGUUAAUAUAUUCAUGAGAGGAACAUUUAUACGUUUUAUCUUAUUUGUUAUAGAAUAAGCAGUUUUUUAUGCUGUCGUAUUUUGAUAAAGUAAUUGUGAUAAUUGGAAUAAGCAAGGAUUUACAGGGUGUUCUUGGACAGGAAAUAUUUUUUCGAAAUUUAGCUAUAUACCAUUUGAUGUAGAUCUGGACUAAUGACUUGUGUGAAGAAUUUCAGAUCAUUAACUGUUUACGUUUUUCAGAAUAAAUCUUAUCAGUUUAAUUGUGAAAAAGGACAUGAAUGUAAGAAUGCUUGUAGUUGUAAUCUGGCUUAGAAUCAGAUAAAAAUUACUUUCAAUUUGAUUUCUCUACUUUUUUGCAUAUCUUUCCGUGUUAUUUUCUUCAGUUGUUUUUUCUUACGAAUUCUAUGUUUGUAGACUUUUAUAUCUCAGUGGAGAUCUUUUAAAUAUUAUGUUUUCUAAAAAUAAUUACAAAGCUAUUUUUUCUUUUCAAUUAUUGAUUUAUUUUUUACAAGUUUUAGCAGUAGAAUCUCUAUAUGUAUUAAACAAUUUUAUACACAAUUUUAUACACAUAUAAUGUGUAAAUAUAUAUAUAUUUUGGUCUGUUAGUUUAUCUGUUUGUCAGGCAGUCACAAAACUUUAACCUUAAACCUAACACGAAAGUACUUACAUUUAGGGCCUCCAAACUUCACAGGAACAUGCACCUUGAUAAUCUCUUCCCACCAGACCCACUUACAAGUCAUAGUGCUAACGUUUAGUGUUUGUUCGAAGGUAGCACAUGUUACUUUGCUCUAUUAUUUCGUGUAAUUAUGUCUCUCUUAUUGCUUAAAAAUAUAAUAUUGUGAAUAAACUCUAACACCGAAA